UCUACUUCUUUAUUUGACAAAAAAAUUAACGAACAAAGAGAGAUUUCUGAUACUUUGUCCUCUGUCUGUUCUGAGCAACUGGAAGGAGGAACUGGAGAGGUUUGCUCCAGGUCUUUCCUUUGUGACAUACAUAGGCAGCAAGGAGGAACGACCCAAACUGCAGCAGAACCUGAAAGAGCAAUCUCACUUCCAUGCACUCUUGACAACAUACGAGAUUUGUCUGAAAGACGCAGCAUUUCUAAAAUUUUCUCAGUAGGCUUCAGCCUGCUACUCACAGGCACUCCAAUCCAGAACAGCCUCCAGGAACUGUACUCCUUACUCAGCCUUAUUGAGCCUGACAUCUUUCCUAGGGAACAAGUGAAAGAGUUUGUUGAGUAUUACCAAGCGAUUGAAAAGGAGAGUGAGCCAGCCAAGGAAUUGCACAAUCUUCUGCAGCCGUUUUUGCUUCGAAGAGUCAAGUCUGAGGUGGCUGCAGAGCUGCCAAAGAAGGUGGAAGUGGUUCUGUACCAUGGAAUGUCAGCUCUGCAAAGGCAGUACUACAAGGCCAUUUUGACGAAAGAUCUAGAUGCAUUUGAAAGUGAAACUGGAAGGAAGGUUACACUUCAGAAUGUCUUAAUUCAGCUUCGGAAGUGUGUUGCCCACCCGUACCUUUUCAAUGGCGUUGAGCCAGAACCCUUUGAGAUUGGAGACCAUAUUGUUGAAGCCAGUGGCAAGCUGUGUUUGUUGGAUAAACUCCUUUCAUUCUUGUAUGCUGGUGGCCACCGUGUCUUGCUCUUUUCUCAGAUGACUCAACUGCUUGAUAUCCUGCAAGACUACAUGGACUAUAGAGGCUACAGCUACGAGCGGCUGGAUGGUUCUGUUAGGGGUGAAGAGAGACACCUUGCCAUUAAGAACUUUGGUCGACAGCCCAUCUUUAUCUUUCUGCUGAGCACCAGAGCAGGUGGAGUUGGCAUGAACCUGACAGCAGCAGAUACAGUUAUUUUUACUGAUAGUGAUUUUAACCCACAAAAUGACUUGCAAGCAAUAGCAAGAGCUCACCGGAUUGGGCAGCACAAGCCUGUAAAAAUUAUCCGCUUGAUUGGGCGAGAUACAAUUGAAGAAAUAAUCUACCGAAGAGCUGCUUCUAAGCUCCGGCUGACAAAUACCAUUGUAGAAGGGGGUCAGUUUGCUCUGGGAGCACCCAAGCCUCAGGGAGCAGCAGAGUUACAGCUGAGUGAAAUCUUGAAAUUUGGCUUGGAUAAAUUGCUCUCCUCUGAGGGGAGUACUAUACAGGAUGUGGAGCUAGAAAACAUCCUUGGAGAGACAAAAGGAGGGACGUGGGUAAUGGAUGUUGUGCUGCCAUGCGAAGAAGAGAGUGAAGAGGAGGAUACAGAGAAUCACAUGUACGUGUAUGAAGGCAAAGAUUAUUCAAAAGAACCCAGCAGAGAAGACAAAAAAGCAUUUGAUCAGCUUUUGGAUCUUCAGAAAGCCUUGACUGAAGAGACCAGUAAGGGAGGGAGAGCUCUCCGGAACAAAGCAAACGCCCUUCUCACAGGCCUCCGGGAACAGUCAACCAGGAGGAAGCACUUGCUGAGCGCAGAGGAGCUGGAGGUUAGGAGGAAGAAGCGCCAAGAAGCAGCAGCAAAGAGAGCAAGGCUCAUGGAGGAAAAGAAGAAGGCAAAAGCAGAGGCAGAACACAAGAAAAAGAUGGCCUGGUGGGAGGCAAAUCACUACACAUCUACCUGCCUUUCUUCAGAGGAAAGUGACUCUGAGGAAGAGUUUGAGGAGGAUGAGGCUGGGCUGAAUGUGGAUUUAGAUUAUGAAGAUGCCGACCUGAACUGUAUCAAGUACGUCAUGGGAGAUGUCACCCACCCCAAAGCAGAGGAGGAGGAUGCCAUCAUUGUCCACUGCCUAGAUGACUCCGGCCGCUGGGGAAGGGGUGGUUUAUUUACAGCUCUGGAGGCUCGUUCUGAUCAGCCAAGGAAAAUAUAUGAGAUGGCAGGAAAGAUGAAAGACCUGGAGUUAGGAGGAACCCUGUUAUUCCCCAUUGAUGAUAAAAAAUCCAGGAAAAAAGGACAGGACUUGUUGGCCUUGAUUGUAGCUCAGCACCGGGAUCGGUCCAACAACUUGUCUGGCAUUAAGCUGUCUGCUUUGGAAAAGGGCCUGAAGAAGAUUUAUUUAGCAGCCAAGAAAAGGAAUGCAACAGUGCAUCUUCCACGUAUUGGGUAUGCAACAAAAGAUUUCAACUGGUAUGGUACCGAGCGGCUCAUCCGAAAAUAUUUGGCAACACGGGGUAUCCCCACGCUUAUAUACUACUUCCCUAGGAAUAAAGGCUCUUCCUCUGCUUCACAACCAUAUUCAUCUUCAAUGACAGUCUCAAAGCCAUGAGGAUGCAGUAAUUUCAUUGAGAAACAUGCGCAAAAAGCCAAGGAUCUUUUCAACAUCACGCAGACAGUCUGUAUGCAUCCACUUCAGAAACAUGGCUUACACAGCCAUUAUUCACUCCGAUAUCUGUUUGCCUUUAUUGGCCAGAACGUUUACAUGUUGUCAGUGGCUCUGGAGAGGAAUGCGACUGCUUCAGAGUUCAAAGAGUCUUUGGAUAAGGAUGUUCCCUCAAUCCCAGAUCUGUUUUGGAGAUGGAAAGUUAAACUUUCACUGAUGGUCAGUUGUUAUCCCUUACAUUAAGUUAUUGCUAGGGCUUGGAAUAUAGUAUUGUCUGACCAUAUUUUUUCCCCUCUUCAAAUUUCAUGCCUUGUCUCACUAUACCUGUUUUCAAUCAGCUUUUUAGUGGUUACCUGGGACUGUGUGUACAUGCCCACAUAGACAUCUCAGUGGAAAGGAAGCUGUCUGCAUUAACAACACUGCAUGACAACUGCAUACUAUAAACUGUUUAUACUGUUCCAGUUCCCCAGAAGUCCAUUUGACUUGCAUUUGUUCACAUAUAAAAUUUAGUCACAUAAUCACAUGCUUACAAUCUAGCAAAAUCCUGACCAGUAUUCUUGGCAAAGGCGUGCAAGACUGCCAAAAUUUGAGACUGGCUUUAUAAAUGACACCCUUCCUUCUCCCACAACUGCUUUUUCAUUACACAGUUCUUUGUUGCAGCUAUUGGGCAAAACCAGUUCCUUACUGCUGUCCAAAAAGCUGUGUGAAAGGUUCUAUGACCCUUUGAUUCGCUUUAAGGAAAACUUAAUGCAGAGUUUUUGAUGUUGGCUUUACUCUAUUGCAACAGAACUUUCCUGUUUUUUGCAUUGUUGGCACUGUUGGCUUUAGCAUAUUUUUUAGGGUAUUUUAGUACAAUGAGGCAAUAGUAGCGUUCCUAAUAAGUGUUUUGACCAGAGAGACUGUGAGGUGCCAAACUUAAUUAAAUUUAAAGUUCAGCUUCCAAUAGGAGAUGGCCCCACAAGCAGUGGAAAGUGUGUCUUUAAAUACCUAAUUGCCAACACACAUCUCAUUGGCUGCAUUUACACUGCCUCUGUAGCACCAUCUGGUUACUUAAUAAUUUCAGGCCUGAUUCUGACAUGGCUCAUCAGCUGACUGGUGUGCUCCACACUAGAAGAAGCCUUCCUGAGUUGGAUACUCUGUCAUUCACUGUUAGCUCUACCAGAAAACCCCAAGUGAUUUGUUAUCUCCUUUGACCCUGCUGAAGCUUAGGUAAGCCGGUGCUGCUUAGCACCUCAGUAGGCAAGACCUUUCUUGCAGCUGCUCACAGGAACAGCCCCUUUGUAUUUGGCAAAGGGCUUGCAGGAUCAGAGUCUGACUGUGAAGGCUUUCUGGGGUGAAAGGUGGUGAGUGGAUGUACAUUACCUUGUUUUCCCCCCGUCGUGCGAACUGGCACUCUUCCAGCAGGCCGGCUGGUGGCACUGUUAAUCAGCUGCAGCAGCGCAUGUUGCCCUCGGCCUCCUUUCAGAGAGCAGGGCAGUGAUCUCCAGCCUGGAAAAACGCUGCCUCUUUGCCAGAAUUAAAACACCGGUUAUGCUUUUCUCUU